CGUUCACAAGAGCAGAGCUGAAUUUUUUUCUUGAAUUUGUUAAGAGAAGAUUUAAAAUCGGCAGGCUCGAAUCAAAUGGAUAAAAGAAUCAACAAAAGACGACCAUGUCGUCCCGUGAGCGAGUUGAUAACUCUUUUUGAUCAUCAAGAAGCCGAAAAGUCAAAAGCUUCACAAUGGCGAAGUGAGAACGCUUUGAAUUUACCUAAAUCACCGCAAAUUACUCACAAAAGAAACUCAGCAAGUUUGAGUCGCUCUGGGAAUUCGGAAAUUUCAAAGUCAAGCGAGUGUGUUCAGGCGGAAAGCGUUCGCGACAAAUCCUGUGUAACUGGAGGCAAAGCGGGAACUAGAACAGCGAGACCUCCACUGCAAGCUAAACAAACACACGGGAAAACCCUCGAGAAAACAAAGAAGAAAGUAAUGGAAGAAAAACGCAGAGACAAAAACGAUCUUGAUAUCCCUGAAUCUCUUAAAAAAGAAGCAAAACAAGAGAAACAAGCGGUGAGAAAUAACUCAGAUGGCGACAGUGAAAGCGACACUGAAAGCUGUACUCGCAAGAAGUUUCCAUUGGAUGACUCGUUAGCUGUUUUGCGACGCGAAAUGCAUUCACUGCGUAAACAAGACGUCGAGUUAAUGAGUCAGCUACUCGCACUCAACUCGAGCAUCCAAGACAUCAAGUCGAGUUCCAGUUCUAUGUCUAACUACUCAGACACGUCCGACGCCGAGACAGAAAUCGAAAACAACUCGCCAAUCCGUCAAGCUUGGCAUCAAAGAGAAAGCUCUACAGGAUCCGACACAAGUGACUUUGAGAUUCGCAGAGGAACACUAAGACCAACCUACAAACAAAGCAAUGUUAACCGUGACAGCCUGGGAUCUGAAGUUAGUGGUUACUAUAGCAAUCCGUCUCCAAGGAGCUCUUAUCAUGGAAGUAAAAGUUCAUUAAAUGCUUAUGACGUCAGUGGGGCUGAGUCGUUCGUCAGCAGAAGCGAAUGCUGUUCACCUCAACCGUCAUCACCAGUCAGCGCUGACCCUCCUUUUACGCAUGCAUAUCACUGCAGACAGAAAACAUGGCUCAACCAAGAUCUCUUAGGACUGGGAAUGACAGGAAGUGAUCCAAUGCUUAACCGUGAUUUCCCGGAUGGAGAUAAGCUUCAGCCCCCUGUGCAUUCAAAAGCGUUUCACGCUGGAGACGAGAAGGUUAGAAGAAUGAGUCUCCAACAGAAAAGACUUUACAGCCGACGAAACACGGCCUGCAGUACAUUGAGCGACAUGUCUCGCAGCGGAAGUGACCAUUCACUCAGCGGAUAUGACUUCGAUAGCGACAAUAGCCGUACAUCAGUGCAAUCAAGUCGUAUACAAAAAUGGCAACGUUCAAAGAGCACUUGCGCACUGAAUGGCGCUCACAACAGUACUUCAAGAACGCCUAUCAAAAACACAAUCAAAGUCGAUUUACGCAACAACCCUCCCACCCCAGGGACAGCCAUUGAGCUCAUUUUACCUAUUCAGCCUCUGCAACCAACUAGACGAAACUCUGCAUUGCGCAUGGCAGAGAGAAAACAAGUGAAUAAGCUUAACAGCCUUAGCAAAAGACAGAGCACAAUCUGGUGACUAGCGGCAAGAAACGAACCGGGAAGACUGGAUCAUUUCAGAACAAAAUCGAGCAUUCAUAAGUAAUGACAUUGUUAAACAUUAUACAAGGUAGCAUAGCUUCACAUUUGAACAAAUCACAUGCAGUGGUUCUCCUAGGACGGUGAAAGAAUAGUCGAACUAAUAGUUACUCAUCAAAGACAUCGCUUUUUGUUGUUGUGUUUUUCAAGUAUUUUGGUCACUAUCAACUAUUACAAAAUAGAUAGUAAGUCAUGUUCUGUUCACUGUCGAUGGAAAAAUACUCUAUAGAUAGACAUUAAGUUUAACUGUACAAAUGGCCUGAGUACUAGCCGAUUUUGAAAUUUUUGAUCUCUGUAAAAAUCAAUCACUUUUAUAUCAAAGACUCACGCAAAACUUAAAAAAACAUAAAUGAAGGAGUUUUUUUUCGUUUUGUUUGGAUCUUUUAAUCUUAUUUGGUUUCUAGUAAUAGUCGUUAUACAAGACUCACUGUAAGGUAAACGAGUUGUAAUGAGAGCAAUGCUUUCAAGCGAUAGACUAGAAUAUUAUUUUUAUACAUACUGCUGGCGAAUAACAAAAGAUAUACGACUGCAUGCAUAUCGGAUGAGCAGUUAAUCCUCAAAAAUCUUUUCUAUAGAAAACAGCUAAGACAACUAACUAACAAUGCACGGAACUAGAAUCAUAAAGAAGUCGUUUAUUAAGCAUUUUUUAAAUGAAAGGUAACGAUUAUGAUCUUUUAAGUGCUGCUUUUGGGGUUUUCAACGAAGUUUAAAAAUGUAGAAUAAUUGUAUGAUUUAAAAAUGGUAGCUUUUGAAACAAUUAAGUUUAGAAAAAAAACUAAUUAAUGUUGGCAGAUAAAAUUUGAUUUUUACUUUAUUAAAAAGCGUACUGGUAAUAUUUCAUAUUACUUGAUCCCAAGAAAGUCGAAUGAUUCAUGUCGGCUAUAUAGCAAACUAAUGCAAUUCGUUAAUAUUCUAAUCUUAUUAUUGAAAUCACACUUACCUGUUAAUUGAGAAAUUAAAAAGUCAUUUAAUAGAC